CUUGGAAACGCCAACCAAUGUCCUGGCACUAGUUAUUUUGUUUUCGUUAUCUUCAGGGAACUACUCGGUUGCCCCCCGUUCCAGGUUUCGCUUUCAACAGAAUCAAUUUCUGUGUCUCCUUGAAGCUCUGAGAUCAUUUUCGAUUUCUGUGUGAAUUUUGAUCCAUUGCUAAUGGGGAAAGCCAGCAACAAGAACAUACAAGCCAAGCUGGUGGGUACUUCUUGGGGACAUGGGAACCGGGAAAACAAGCUUGGUCUUGCGAUUCGUCAAAGGCCAAUUCUUUGAUUUCCAGGAAUCGACAAUUGGAGCUGCCUUCUUCACUCAGGUUUUGUCACUGAAUGAAGCCACUAUAAAGUUUGAUAUAUGGGACACUGCAGGACAGGAACGAUACCAUAGCUUGGCUCCUAUGUACUAUCGUGGAGCAGCUGCAGCUGUUGUGGUGUAUGACAUCACAAGCAUGGAAUCAUUUCAGCGAGCCAAAAAAUGGGUUCAAGAACUCCAAAGACAAGGAAAUCCAAAUUUGAUAUUGUUCUUGGCGGCUAACAAGGUUGAUUUGGAAGAGAAGAGAAAAGUUGGAGCUGAGGAAGGUGAGCAAUAUGCUAAAGAAAAUGGAAUGACUUUUCUUGAAACAUCCGCAAAGACUGCACAGAAUGUCAAUGAACUUUUUUACGAAAUAGCAAAGAGAGUGGCAAAAACCCGCCCUUCUCGUCCAACCGGAAUGAAAUUGCAGAACAGACAACAAGAAAACCGAAGAGGACUAUUUUGUUGCACCUGAUGAUGGAUGAUGCACGAGUUCUUGCAACUUACAUGUAUGUAAAUUUUCUGAUGUUUCAAUGUCUAGUGAUCUAUCAAUCUCCAUCUGAAUAAAUUUGGCAAAUAUUAUCAUAAAAGAAAAUCCAUUUUCCAAGCUUUUGAAGGUUUCUUUUUCUCAAUUAUUAGAUGAUUAUUAUUCAAGGCAGGUUGUAAAAGUUGAAGAGUAAACUGCUGCUCUUGUGGCGGAAUCCAGUUGCAUGAAUUAUUAAUGUCUUAUAUGUGCUACAUAUGUACACCAUAGCCUGUCAAUGCAAAAUCUGAUCACUACUUUCAAAAGUUUUACGUUCUUUAUGGCAUGGGUAUAUCUGCAAAUAAUGUACAAGAUAUGAU